AUGGCACCAAAGGCAAGUUCAGGGUCUAGUGGAGCCCCAAAGGGAACCCCAAAGAAAAAAAGUGCUGAUGAAGGAGAUGGUCCUGCUUCAAAACCAUCAAAGACCAAAAUCCCAAGAACCUUUGUAGUGAGGCCUUCACCAAGUGUAAACCAUAAAUCAGUUGCUAAAGUUUAUUUGCACCAAUCUAUACUGAAAGCUAGUGACAUUACUGCUGGAUCGUUAAUUAAUAUCUCAAGAGAAGGGGAAGCUGGUGUCUUAGCUAUUGCAAAUGCAGGUGAUGAAGGAUGUCCAUUGAAUGUGAUUCAAGUGUCAAAUGCAUUAAGAUCUGUAUCAGGACUAAUGUUUGGUGAUAGAUUAGAGAUUUCAAAAGUUACAGCUCAACCUGAAUAUUGUGAUAGUAUAACCAUUGGUAAUGAAGCUGGAAAAGAGCUACCUAAAAGAGCUUUAAAAGCUGUGGAGAAGGUAUUGGAUGAAGUGGGAAUUGUUAUGCCAGGGUUAAGAUUUCAAAAUUUCCCAACACCUGGUGAAACUGAAAAUGAUGAAAAAACAUUAGAAAAUUUAGUAAUUGUUGAAAGUGAAGCAUUACCUAACGUUGCAAAAUUACAACUUGAAGAAAAUGAUAAUCCUGAUAGUGAUAAUUUUCAAAGAUUUAUCUCACCUCCAUUAUUAUUCAAGAGAGGUAGCACAAAAGUUACAUUUUCUCAAGAUACUGAACCAUUAAGCAAAUAUUUAUUACCAAAGACAACCACAUAUUCAUCAGUUGGUGGUUUAAGCCGUCAAAUUGAAUUAUUAAAAGCAUCAAUCGAAUUACCUUUACAUCAACCUACAUUAUUUUCAGAUUUUGGUAUUACACCACCAAGAGGUAUAUUACUUCAUGGUCCUCCAGGUACUGGUAAAACAAUGUUAUUGAGAGCCGUUGCAGCUGAGACCAAUGCACAUGUCUUGACCAUUAAUGGUCCUUCAAUUGUUUCUAAAUAUUUAGGUGAAACUGAAUCUGCAUUAAGAGAUAUUUUCAAUGAAGCAAGAAGAUAUCAACCAUCAAUUAUUUUCAUUGAUGAAAUCGAUUCAUUAGCACCAAGUAGGUCUAGUGAUGAUUCUGGAGAAGUUGAAAGUCGUGUUGUUGCCACAUUAUUAACGUUAAUGGAUGGUGUUGGUGAUAGUGGUAGAUUAGUUGUUGUUGCAGCUACAAAUAGACCAAAUUCUGUUGAUUCAGCUUUAAGACGUCCUGGUAGAUUCGAUCAAGAAGUUGAAAUUGGUAUACCUGAUGUUGAAGCAAGAGAUCAAAUUUUAAAAUUACAAUUUGAAAAAAUGAAACGUCAUAAUCUUUCAGAACAAGAUGUUUUCAAUUUAGCAUCAAGAACUCAUGGUUAUGUUGGUGCUGAUCUUGUUGCUCUUUGUAGAGAAUGUGUUAUGAAAACAAUUAGAAGAGGUUUAAAAUCUUCAACUCCACAUUCACAAUUAUUGGUAACUUUAGAUGAUGUUGAAACAGCAUUACCAGAAAUUCGUCCAAGUGCAAUGAGAGAAAUCCUUUUAGAAAUGCCAAAAGUUUAUUGGAGUGAUAUUGGUGGUCAAGAAGACUUGAAGAUUAAAUUAAGAGAAAUGAUUCAAUUACCUUUAGAAGCUUCAGAAACUUUUAAGAAAUUAGGUGUUUCAUCACCAAAAGGUGUUUUAUUAUAUGGUCCACCAGGUUGUUCUAAAACAUUAACAGCAAAAGCAUUAGCAACAGAAUCAGGUGUAAAUUUCUUAGCUGUUAAAGGUCCAGAAAUCUUCAAUAAAUAUGUUGGUGAAUCAGAAAGAGCUAUUAGAGAAAUUUUUAGAAAAGCUAGAGCUGCAGCACCAAGUAUUAUAUUUUUUGAUGAAAUUGAUGCAUUAUCACCUGAUAGAUCUGAAGGUGGUCCUACAACUUCAGCUGGAAGUCAUGUUUUAACAUCAUUGUUGAAUGAAAUUGAUGGUGUUGAAGAAUUGAAUGGUGUUGUUAUAGUUGCUGCUACAAAUAGACCUGAUGAAAUUGAUCCAGCUUUAUUAAGACCCGGUAGAUUAGAUAGACAUAUUUAUGUUUCACCACCAGAUUUUGAAGCAAGAUUACAAAUUUUGAAGAAUUCCACUACAAAGAUGUCUUUAUCAAAAGAAGAUGUUAAUUUAGAAGAAAUUGCAGAAAAAACUGAUGGUUGUUCAGGUGCUGAAGUUGUUCUACUUUGUCAAGAAGCUGGUUUAGCUGCAGUUAUGGAAAAUCAAACUGCUGAAAAAGUUGAAAAAAGACAUUUUGAAAAAGCUUUGAAAUCCAUUUCUAGGGGUAUUACUGAAGAUAUGUUAGAUUAUUAUCGUAGCUUUGCCAGUAAGAGUGGGAUAGAUGUAUAA